UUGUGGUUAAAUAUGGACACGUACACAUAUAUGUUAUCUGUAUACAACAUAUCUCAAUGUACAUGUACUCAUUAAAGGGAUCAUAUCUGCAUUUAGAUUUAAGCUGCCGUGUAACUUAAUGAUCUAUGUAAAACCAGACGCUGCAGGUACAUAUAAUUGGAUAGUUUAUAACACUAGAUAAGGUAUGUUGGAAUGGGUGUGGGACGAAGAUCUUUGGUUCCCAGUAAAUUCUACUGGACCAAGGUACGGAUGGAAGGACUUGCAGAACCACCCAGGCUCGGGUAUAUACCAUCCACAAGUUCAUGAUUUACACUGGUCAUUUAUACUUGGUAUUGCCCUUCUUGGGAUAAGAUAUAUAAAUAAAAAACUUUUUAUUGAACCAUUGGGGUAUCACCUAGGCGUAUCAAGGCGUAAACCACGCCCACUAACAGAAAACACCGUGCUAGAAACGGCUUAUAAACAAAAUAAAACGAUAAGUCCGGAUCUGAUAAAAAACCUUUCAAAGCAGACGGACAUGUCAACGAGGAAGAUAGAUAUAUGGUUUCGUAUCAGAAGACAAAAAGAUACGCCAUCUCCGAUGAAGAAGUUUGAAGACAGCUGUUGGCAUUUCAUAUUUUACAGUACAGCUUUCCUAUAUGGACUAUAUGUUUUGUGGGACAAGCCUUGGUUUUGGUCAACUAAAGAAUGCUGGUUAACAUGGCCUUAUUCACAUGUAUCAAAUGAUGUAUUUUGGUAUUAUACUUUUGAGAUGGCGUUUUACUGGUGCCUUAUUCUCACGUUAAUGAAGGACCAUAGGAGAAAAGAUUUUGCAGAGUUUGUUAUACAUCACAUAGCAACAAUUGUUUUGCUGUAUUUUUCAUGGUUUAUGAAUUUUGUGAGAAUUGGAACAUUGGUUUUAGUAGCCCAUGAUGUUGCAGAUCCGUGGUUGCUUUUAGCUAAGAUGUGUAAAUACACCAAACGAAAACAGAUAACUGAAGUAAUCUUCGUCAUUUUCAUCGUGAUAUGGAUUGUCUCCCGUCUAAUAUAUUAUCCAUUUAUAGUACUAUAUAGUAGCACCUUCGAGCCGUAUUAUGUAAUAGAGAAGACGUUUUUUACACAUUGGUUUUUCAACUUCUUCUUAUAUCUUUUAAUGGUUCUGCAUCUCAUGUGGUCGUACAGUAUAGCUAGAAUAGCCAUAAAGAAACUCAGACAAGGAGAGUUAGAAGAUGUAAGAAGUGAUUCGGACUCGGAUUCGGAUGAUGAAGUGGAGUCAGAUACUAACUGUGAUAUUAAUGACAAUGGUGUAUCCAGAUCAAAUUAUAGCCACAAAACAAAUGCUUAAAGUCCCAUUUAUCCCAGAAAUACUUUUAAUUUUAUCUCUCAAAAGCUUUUUAUUGUUGUUGCACUGUUAAAGUUUCCAAAAAAUUACUCUUUUUCUUCUGUUGCUUUUUUGGCAUUUAGCUAUAGUGAAGCUAUAGUGAUUUAGUAGUUUGUAUGGAAGUCAAAAUAGUACUUUGUUUACAUUUUGCUAUUUUUAUGCCAAAGUAUUUCACAUUUGGCGCUACUUCCAUAAGGUAAGAAGCAUCUACUAUGUUCUAAACACAUUAUUUGAACAUUUACCCUUUGUUAAGAAGUAAAAAUCUAUUCAUUUCUGAGGCAUAAUGUGUCUUUAAUGUUUUUAACACAGAGUUAUUACUUUUAAAGUGGUACACACCGAGCUGUAACAAAACAAUGCAAAUGCGUAGCUUAGUUAAACUUAAAAUGAGAUAAAUCGAUUAGCACAAUUCUAAACAAAGGGAAAUAAUAAAUUUAACGCUUCUGAUUAAAGGGAAGUAAUCAAUUCUAUACUGCCUAUUUAAGGGAAGUAAUUAAUAGAAUAUCUUUUAAUUAAGGGGAUACAACUAGGUAGAGAUUCCGGUAGUGGAAAUCAAUAUAUCAGUUAAAUAUUCAAUCUGUAUUUGAAGUACGAUAUUUCUAUUUACUAUUUUAUAAUUAUUUUAUUUGAUCUAAAAUCAAGAUCUAUAAAUAAAAUAAGUCAAAAUCAGUAAACAAACCGAGAAUAGUUCUGCGUAGCAUCUACGGCAAAAGACUUUUGGUCCUUGUGAUUUGUUGACUAAUUCUUAUAUCACUUUUUUAUUACCUCACUGAUAAUGUUCAUUGAUUACAUAUUUGCAUUUUGAGUGUAGAUUAUUAUAAAUCAGACACUGUAAUGAAAUUAUUAUUAUAUUCAAAUAAUACACAGUUAUUUCGGCCAUCUGGACGUUUUCGGUCGUAUUGGAUUCUUUAUUUUUGGUCCCAUACUCAUCUGUCUUGCGUAAGUUGUGUCUUUAACUUAUUUAAAGUAAAAUAUAUUUAUUCUUUAUGCUUUUGUUGUAUUAUUUAAAUAUGUACUUGCAUGUUGUAUACUGUAGAGUAGAUGCAUGUGUUUUCGUGCAUUAACAUUUGCAGUAUCACAAGGUCGAUUUUAAAGCCCGAUCACCAAAGGAGUUCUUCAAACUUUAAUGCACGAAAAGAUGCAUUAUCACUAUCUAUGCAUGGCAAUAAAUGU